CAUCUGACCCAGCGUGAUCGAGUAGGCAGUCAGCAGAGAAGGAGCACAGCCCCUCCUCCCAGGGAUCAGGCCACACCAUCCUCUGGACUAUGAUUGGCUCCAGCUCUUCACUAAGGGACAUUUAAUGACGAAUAGGAACACUGCUAAACGAUCAGCCAGCAGAGAGAGAGAGAGAAGAGAGAAAGGUAGACUAAUUUUGGGUGCGGGGAAAGGUAGUACGGUCUUCAUCAGGAAAAAAAAAAGACUCAUGCAGAGAAGUGAGAGGCUGAGAAGGAGCUCACUCUCAGCUUUGCCAAGAGUCAAGUAGUCUAAAACGUUUUCUGUGUAGGCUUCUUACUUCAGGGAAUAAAAGGAGAGGGAAAAGGUUAUUCUGUAGUUCAAUCAGGCGAGAAGUAGAAAUUCCAGGUGCCAAGCCAGAGAUUCUAAAAAUACCAGAACGAUGACGUUUGAAGAAAAGCCUGAGGGCAAUGGGAGCCUUGUAGACGAGAGCCAGCAGUACCUAGGUGCGAGGCAUCAGGCAAACGGGAAACCAGGAGCAAGUGGGAAACCCAGGCUCUCUGCAAGGCAGGAGGCAAAUGCGAAGUGCGGCUUGCCCAGAAAAAGCCUCAACACGUACACCUGGCAGGAGAUCCAGAGACACAGUCAGGAGACUGACCAGUGGCUGGUGAUCAAUCGCAAGGUCUACGACGUUACUGGCUGGGCGGACAGGCAUCCCGGUGGGCGCCAGGUCCUCAACCACCACGCUGGGGAAGACGCCACGGACGUCUUCAGAGCCAUGCAUCCGGACCCUGACAUUGUGCGGUUGUACCUUAAACCCCUGCUCAUCGGAGAGCUUGCUCCAGAAGAGCCCAAUCAGGAGAGAAACAAAAACUCCCGGUUGGUGGAAGAUUUCCAAGAACUGCGGAAGACAUUAGAGACCAUGAAUUUGUUCAAUGCCAACCUGGGGUUCUUCUUCCUUCACCUCGCCCAGGUCUUGAUUUUGGAAGCCCUGGCUUGGGUAAUAGUGUGGCAUUUUGGCAGUGGCUGGCUUGUCACAAUAUUCAUUUCUUGUCUUCUCACGGUUGCUCAGGCUCAGGGUGGAUUUCUGCAGCAUGACAUGGGACACCUAUCCAUAUUUAAGAAGGCCAAGUGGAACCGCCUGAUGCAAAAAUUUGUGAUGGGUCAUCUCAAGGGCCUAUCUGCAAAAUGGUGGAAUAACCGGCACUUCCAACACCAUGUCAAAACAAACAUCUACCCCAAAGACCCGGAUAUUGAUGUAGGCCCCCUUUUUGUUAUUGGAGAUUUACAACCUGUCAAGGUAUGUUUAGAAAUCCUAAGCACUAGAGAAAUGUUUCAGGAAGUGGUUCUUGGAAAGGUCUACACCUUUGUCUUGAGGAGAUCAGGCUGGAGAUUCUGACUUCAAGCAUGAUUUCAGAGCAUCUCUUCUUCUUUUAAGUCCAGGAUAUAGAUGUUAAAUAAGUGAAUCUGGUAUUGAAAUAAAAGAAUAAAAUGUGGAAUGAAUGACUAAAUGAUCUUAAAAGUCUUUCAGGCUAAAUCACUCAUAGAAGGCAUGGUAGAACACUCAACAAGUGCUAAAUCACAAGACGUCUACAUAUGUCAACUAAUUCUAGCUGUUGGAAGAAACUAAGUUGUUAUUUUUAUUUCUAUGUUCAUUUUGGUUCAUUUUCACAUGAAACUCAGCUCAAAUGCCUCAUAACACACUUAGGACCUCAUCUCUAAUUCAGACCUCUUAAGCAACAGAAAAAGGAAGACAAACUCCAGAAUGUCUCAGCUGUUGACUUUCUUAAACCUCAGCUUAAAAACCAGCAUGUAAGGAUUAGUACCA